GCGGCUCAUUUCGCUUCAAAACCUCGUGACGAGCGGUUGCCGCGAUUGCCGCGUUCGCUGUCUUUCCGAUUUCCUCAAAAAUCAAGCCACUUUUUUGUAUAAAACUACAACAUUUUUUUUCGAAGCAACCACAACGAUUAAACAAAACUAGCAACAAUAGCCUGCUAAACAAAACAAUUCACAACCAAGACGCGUCAAACAACAACCCAUAUAUAUUUUUAUAUAUAUAUAAAACAACAACCAAUCACUUGAAAUUAUUGUGUGUGGUGAAAAGUGAGUGUGUAUUUUUGGGAAAUUCAAAUAGAAAUAGAAAUAGUUUACCAAACCAAUCGCUUCCAAUGGAAAUCAUGUGCCUAAAAAUGCAAAUUGCCCGAAGAAAAUCAACAACGUCUAUUUAAAACAUAAAAAAAAAGUCCAACUCAAGCCAAUCAAAUACAAAACGUGUUGGGAAAAAGUCAAAUAACAAAAAAAGAAAUAAAAAAAGUACGGCAAAUACAAAAUCAAACAACAACAGUCUCUCGCGCACACAAAUAUUUUUAUAUUUUUAUAUAUAUAUAUGUACAUAUAUAAAAUUGCAUAAAAAUAUUUUUUUACUCAAGACAACGACGCACACACACACGCAGCGACGAGAUACACAGAUACAUUCGCCGCUCGCACACACGACGACGUGGCCCCCGCUUUCAGUGUGUUGGUGUAUCUGUGUGUGAUUGUGCGACGCCAGCGUCGCUGCUCCAACAACAAAAGCGGCAGCAGCAGCAGCAGCAACAACAACGACAGCAACAGCGGCAGCAACAACAACAACUAUACCGCCGGUCGCCAAGUUGAUUAUUAUUAUUUUUUUGGCACGCCAAAAACCCAGCGCAUAUAAUAAUACGAGGUUGGCAAAAAUAAUAACAAAAUCAAACAUCGUCGCCGGCGUCGUUUUUGUGUUAAUUAAAUUUACUUUUGUGAAUGAAAUGCGAAAGAAAGCAAAGCGAAAAAUCAUCUUUAAUAAAUGCUAAAUAAAACCAGCAGUCGCGAUCGCGAGUAAGAAUUUGAAGAAUCCCCCUUCCAAAAAUCGCCUUUGGAUUAUACCCCAAACUAAAAAAAAAACCGAAAUCAUUUUGGAUACUCCUCGGAAAAUAUUAAGGAUUACACAACAUUUAUGGUGAUUAAUUACGGAAUUUGUACCACGGAUUGCUUUUGAAAAUCAAUAAAGCAAUCUGAAAGAGCUGGCUGAAUCUGCAAAAGGAUGAAGGCAAAUCGAGCUGAGUCCGGGCGCAGCAACUACGAUCGGCGGCAUUGAGGAUCUCCGAUCCGGAUCUCGAGGUGGGGGAGCGAUCUCGAUCUCGAGGUGGAGCGACGAGCGGCUGAGGAGCGGAAGUGGAGGAGUGCAGCUGGGGGAGGAGUCCUGGUUACAACACUACAUGGAUCGCAGAAAUGGCGGCGAUCCCUUGGCGCCACCCCGGCCCCCGAAGUUAUUACCGCGCGUGCAUCGACCAAGGGCGCCGGAGCCGACGUUGAGUGGUGUCGACCAUCAUCCAUCAUCAGUGGGAGCCACAUCUGCAUCAUCAUCUGUAUCAUUUGCAGCACCUGCAACAGCAAUCCAUAACAACAAUUCACAGCAGCAACUUAGUAUUAGCGCCGUCGCGAGCAACAACAACCACAACAACAACAACAAUACGAUAUCGAUAAUACCCGCAUCGCCGACUGAUUUCGACGACUAUCAGAUCCACCAUCUGACCUUUCUGCCCCAGCGUCCCAGCAGCCUGAGCCGGAACAGCAGUACGGCCUCCUCGACGACGGCCACGGGGAUCAGUGUUUCGGGAUCGGGUUCGGUUUCGGGAUCAUCCUCGAGCUUCACGAGGCGACGACCGCCGGCACCCAUACCGCUGGUCAGCACCAACAACAACCACAACAACAACAACAACAACUUCCUUAGUCAUUUCCAAAGCGCUGAGCCGGUGAGCAACGCUCUGGGCCAGCCGCCCGCCUCCCCCGUCACGCUGGCGCAACCGCGACCCGAAUCCGAAAGGCUAACCAACGAGUAUGUGGACACGCCGCUGCAACAUGCGACGCGGUCGCAGCAUCCGGCUGGCCAGCAGGAUAAUGGCCAGACGACCACCCACCACCUGUUGCUGCUGCCCCAGCGGAAUCAGCAUUUGCACCUGCAACAACAUCAGCAGCAGCAGUUGCAACAGCAGCAGCAGCAGCAACACCUGCAACUGCAACAGCAGCAGCAGCAACAGCAACAUGCGCGACUGGCGACGACGACGACGCAGGCGACGUCCGUUGGCAGCGAUCACACCGAUGGCUUACUACAUUCGCACCUGCAACACAGCACCGCUAACAAACCACCCGCCUCGAAGCAGCCAGCACCACCACCCACCACUAGAUUGGGUCUGGGUCUGAGCCAGCCCAUCAUCACCAAGCAGCCGGGAGUUGGGACGCAAAAGGAGCACAUGCAUGCGCUGGAGGAGCUGCUGCAGCAGGGUGGCCUGGGUGGAAAUGGCGGCGGUGGACCCCUGGUGAUGACCGGCGAUCCCAGCCAGCAGAAUCCGAUUGUGUGUCCACGGUGCGGCCGGUGCCGGUGCGAGCAGUGCCAGAGCCCCAGGCCGCUGCCCCAGACGUGGGUGUGCAACAAGACGUGCCUGUGCAGCGCCGAGUCGGUCAUCGACUAUGCCUCCUGUCUGUGCUGCGCCAAGGCCCUGUUCUACCACUGUGCCCGGGAUAAUGACCUGGACUGCGACGAUGGCAAUGGCACACCGUGCGUGGACAAUCCCUGCUCCUGCGGCCCAUACAAGCGAACCCAACGCUGGGGCUGGCUUGGAGCGCUGUCCAUCUUCCUGCCCUGCCUGUGGUUCUAUUGGCCCAUGAGGGGCUGCAUGAAGCUGUGCGAGAAGUGCUAUGGGCGAUUCGCGGGACGUGGCUGCCGGUGUCAGGGCAUCGGAGGUGGACACGGCAUGGGAGCGGGAGUGGGAGGAGGAGCCGGAGGCAUUGGUUCCACCAGCAGCAUGCUGCCCAUUGUGCCGCUGGGCGUGAAUGGCAGCGGGCUGGGCGGCGGAGUGAGCCUCUCCGGCGGCAUCACGGAUGGCGGACUCAACCAGAGCAAUGGCAAGGCCAUGGAGCAUGGAUGCAGUGCCGCCAGGAGCAUCCUGCGCAAGGGUGACCUCACACCGGAGAAGCGACUCCUGGACUCCAGUCCCGAUUACUAAGGAGGUUCCCGCUUCCGUUUCUUCUUGUGCCCGGUUUUUUCCCCGAGCAAAAAACCCUCAGGCACAAAAGAAUGGAUCGUGAACACAUACCCCAUAUAUAUAUAUAUACGGAAAAUAUUUAAUAUAUGAU